CCACGAAUUACUCUUAUAAAGAAUAAUUGGCAAGCCCAAUUCCUGUUCAGUGGACCUCUCCUCAAAGCCAUAAAGCAGCAAGGGCUCUGUGAAGAAGGUGUAAAAAUAAGCUGGAUUUUAUGAAGCACAGUUAAAUGAGAGGGGGAGAACUAGACUAAAGAUCUGCUUUUGCAAAACAAUUCUUAUUUGAUUCCUCACAUCGUUGUCCUCAUCCCACUCUGCUUCAGCUCUGACCCUUUGUGAGGUCAUUCAACUUAUUAACCCAGAAAAAGACUAACUGUGAUAGAAGAGAAAAGACAACAACAGCAACAAAUGCUGUUGUUUUGUGCCAAGUUAAGGGAUUGAAUCACCUUAGCUCACCUCCUGCAGGACCACAGCCAGCUCGUGGGAGACGAGAGGUACAACCUUGUAGCCAUGAGCGGGCAUGAAGAAAUGUAGAUGGGGAAGACCUGUUUCUUCUCAGUUGCAAGCUGCCUGACUGGCGCAGAUUUAUUUUUCCCUUAAGAAGCUGUUGGACAAAUACUGGGUUAUUAAUGGCCAACACUAUCUGAUCUUGAGCCCUGAGAGAAGAAGUAUGUUGACUUCAAAUGCGUAGGGUAAUGUUUUUAUCAAGUCUUUCAGAAAGGAAGGAGUGAGCUUGAAGCUGUAGACAGGCUUCUGUCAGGCAGCAGCCGCCAUGAAGCAGCUCCUAUGUGAGUGCUGCUCUGGCUAAGGGAAUGUAGAAAUUAUGACAAAGAGUGCCUGUGUGUUAUAACAACAGCUUAGAGGAACAGGAGUUGUAUGAAUCAUUGUGUAUGAGUGUAGAGUCACUACUUUUACUUGAAUCGACCCCACAGGGCUUGAAAUCUUGCCUAUGCCUUUGGCCUUAGGACAGCAACAACAGCACACUUCCUUGUGGACUUGCCAGACAUUGGAGUUUUGAGUUGUUGGUCAGAAUAAGUCAAAUCACUGGAAGUGUGAUGAUCAAUUCUGCUUUUUUAUUAUGAUCUUAAAAUACAGUUUAAGAUGAACCAUAUUCACAAAAUCUGUGCUUUGUCAGUACUCUGAUCAUUUAAACAGAACAGUGGGAAACUAAGUGGGAGGUAUUGAGCUGUUAGUUGCUGGCUAGAUCCCGAGGACAUGAGGGGUAGCCCUCAACUUCCCCAGAGCUUUGGUGAUUUUCAGCUGUUCACCAUCUACCUCAUCGGUAUCUCUGUGGACUGUCCUUGCAGAGUUACUUCUACUGGUCACAGUGUAUAAGAAAAUAGGAGACAGAACCUAUACGACAAAGGUAUGUCUGAUAUUCCCAUUAAAUUAUUAUUGGAAAUAAAGCCCAGUAGUGUCAAGGAUAGUAUUUACUGCUAUAUAGAGACUUGUAAAUAAAACAAAACAAAACACCAGAUAAGUUGAAAGCCCAUUUCUUUUUUUUUUUUACUCCCUUCCCAACACUGUUUUUGGGCUCACAAGCUGAACAUGAGGAAAAAACCAAUCAGACAGACUUAAGCAAAUGUACUUUUCCUUUCUUACAUCUUUCAGCCAAAAUCGUUUAACCUAUCUAAAGAAUGAAAAGCUGGAUUAUACUGCUGGCUAUUGCAGUCAGCACAGAAGAAGCACAAAAGCAGGAUAUCUGUACCCAAGCAUAUCCUGGCAUUCCUGGCAAUCCUGGACACAAUGGCAUACCUGGUCGUGAUGGACGUGAUGGCUCAAAAGGUGACAAGGGAGACACAGGUGAAGCAGGACUUCCUGGCAAUCCAGGGAAAGAUGGUGUAAAUGGAGAAAAAGGACAAAAAGGAGCCAAUGGGACUGUUGAAGAGAAGGGGAACAAAGGAGAUAAAGGAGAAAGAGGACGACCUGGGAAACUAGGACCAAAAGGAAUUAUAGGGUCAGUGGGUUACAAAGGUCAGAAGGGAGAGCUGGGACUGCAAGGACAAAAGGGGUUAAAAGGAGACAUUGGGCCCAUAGGUCCAAAAGGGACAAAGGGUGAAAUUGGCCAUCCUGGAAUAAUUGGUUUGCCAGGGCCAGUUGGCCCCAUUGGUAAUCCAGGUCCUAAAGGUAAUACUGGAGAUCUGGGGCCACCGGGCAGCCCAGGAAUUCAGGGGGAAAGAGGCUUUAAAGGAGACAGAGGAGACAAGGGGAACACAGGUGCCCCAGCAGUUCUGCCAAGGAGCGCUUUCAGUGUAGGCCUUACAGCUGCCACCAAGUUUCCUCCCCACAGUCACCCAAUCAAGUUUGACAAGGUGCUUUAUAACGGCCUAAGUGACUAUAACCCAGUUACUGGCAAAUUCACCUGCAAAUUCUCUGGUGUUUACUAUUUCACCUACCAUAUCACUGUCUACUCGAGGAAUGUCCGAGUAGCUCUAGUCAAAAAUGGGAUCAAGAUGUUGCACACCAUGGAUGGAUACCAGGGUGCUGAGGACCAGGCAUCAGGAGCUGCCAUCCUUCAACUACGGGCAGGAGAUGAGGUGUGGCUGCAGGCUCACCGAGGAGAGGGCUUCAACGGGCUGUUUGCAGAUGCUGAUGAUGAUACCACCUUCACUGGGUUCCUCCUGUUCAGCACCUCUGAGAUGCUGGAACCCACAGCUUGAAGCCACGCUGUUAAUCUGUGACUUGAGUGAAUUGUUGUCUGAUUCCUGCUCAUCCAAAUCUUACUGUUCAAAGCGGUGGAGGUUCAUAGGAUCAUAGAAUGGCCUGGGUUGAAAAUGACCACAAUGAUCAUUUAGUUCCAACCCCCCCUGCUAUGUGCAGGGUCGCCAACCGCCAGACCAGGCUGCCCACAGCCACAUCCAGCCUGCAAGCAAACUCGGUGCUGGUUUGCUUGGUACUUUUUUUUUUUUUUUUUAACAGUUUAAUCCUUAUUUUAUUUCCUGUCUCAUGUUUUGUUUGUUCUAUCCAUUAAUGCCAUACACCUGCGUCCCUCAGUAAAGUUUCAAUCUGCUGGCCAAUUCCAUCUGAAUAUAGCAGAAAACAAACCGUUCUCAUGCCCAUCUUUUAAAACACGGAUCGAGACGACAGAAACGGCAUAACUCUAAAAGAGCGUUAAACUCCUCCUUGACGCAAUCGGGCGUCCGAAGCCGCUCCGCUCAGCUCCAACGCACGGCCGCGGGGCGGCAGCGCGGGGCCGGCGGGGCUGAGGGGAGGCGCCGCUCCCGCUCCGCUUCCCGCUCGCGAGCGCCGCUCCCCGCCUCAGGCCGGAACGCGCAGAGGUCGCGGCCGUGCCCGGAGCCGAGCUCCAGGGCGCCUUGCCGGCG